AUGAGUGAGCCUAGUAAUCAACACCAAAAGAGAAAAUUCGAAGGCCCGAAGAGGGAGGCGAUUAUCAACCUGGGCAAGUACACAGACAAGCACGUGCGCGUUAAGCUGAUGGGUGGAAGGCUUGUCGUGGGCGUGUUGAAGGGCUACGAUCAAUUGAUGAAUUUGGUGCUCGACGAGACUGUCGAAUACAUGCGCGACGAAGAAGACGAUACGGUUAUAAAGAAGGACAGCACCAGAGAAUUGGGACUUGUCGUUAUGAGGGGAACCAUGCUUCUGACCUUAAGUCCUGCCGACGGCUCAGAAUGCAUCGUGAACCCACACUUGGAGUGA